GCAACGGUCUCAGUUUUCCACGGGAACCAGGAGCGAGUAGCGUGAAAGCCGAAGGACCUGCCGCAAUAGGCGAACGGCGUGCACACGGUCUAACCAAAGCAUUUUAUGGUGAUUAGGGUGAGAAAAAAUGCUUCGAUAGCGUGUGUUCGUCCGUGUUCGUGCCUCUCCGUGUGUGUCCCCGGAAGAAAUGUGUGGGUUAAUGGAUAGCUAGUGUGGAGCAAUGGUGAAGUUUUGGUGAGCCAAACAGCGCCACCGCAGUAAUAAUCAUUAAUCUCAACGGGUCGUCGAGUUCGAUUAUACCUGUCUGCCUAUAUGGUGACGUAGACGGAAGUCGGAAAAGUUAGAGUCAAAUUAGAGCGACUCGACUUCCGGGGUUGAAGCGGACGUUGACACGUAGUCGGGAUCAUCGUCGAGAAUAACAGAAGUGUGAAACGUGAAACACCGAAAUUCGGUUUCGAAAGUGUUCAUCGCCAGCAAAAAAGAAGCCGUAAUCUUGCGGAUGCCGGUUCGCCGAAAUCGAUUCAAAGUGAGGUGAGGCGGAAAAGUUUCAUCCCGCUUUUGGAACGGAUUUGACUCCAACAUCGAGAAAUAGAUUCUUUCCCCUUUACAUCUAUUGGCAUUCGUAAGCGAACCACGCUCGCUCGAAGUUUCACCCGACCGGUGGCACGUUGCCUCCACCCCGACUACAACGAUGAAUUUCGAAUGGGCGUACGGUGGCGUCAACGAUUCCGUACCGCGGAACACCGGUCCGGAAUGUGCCAGUUUCCUGUCUCCCGCUCGGAAAAUACUGGAAACCGUGGUCGUGAUCCCGCUGUGCAUUAUCGCCAUCAAGUGUGCCAUCAACCGACUGAAACCGAUCACCUUCCGCCGGAACACGCCCUUCAUUUCAACCCCGCAGCAUCACGGUAGUUCCUUGGGCUUUCGAAGCAGUAGUAUUAGUCAUCUGGCCAAUGCCAGCAAUCACAAUCUGCAGCACCACUACCAACGGAUCGGAGGUAGCGGGCAUCUCCUGGAACCCGACCAUCGGGAACUGUUGCUACACCAAACGCACCAUCGGCGGUCUUCGUCGGUGGAAUACUGCAGCUGCCAUCGGUGUAACAAUGCGGCUCACAAUCCUACGGUCAGCUCGGCCCUCGAGGGGGAAUCUCCCACUUGGUUCAAGCAGCUGCUGCUCGUCACAAUGACUCUGACGCUAGGCGUCGAAAUAGGCUUUAAAUUCGCAACUAGGACUGUUAUCUACAUAUUAAAUCCUUGCCACAUUACCACAAUACUACAGAUCUACCUGCUAGCUUGCAACAAACCGAAAAAGAGCACAACCGCCUUGUUUCGGUUGCAGAUGAACUGCCUCAAUGGACCGCUGUUGGCGUUUAUGUUUCCGGAAACGGACAGUCGACAGUUGCCACUGGAGGCGUCCAUCUACUGGAUACAGCACGCGCUCAUGUGCAUCAUUCCGAUUUACCUGUUGCGAUACGGCGGGGUGUACAACAUGGAGGCAAUGAACGAUUUUACGUGGAACGUCAUCGGAUACGCAAUAAUCAUCUUGUAUCACUACAUAGUUCUACAAAUCGUAGCAAUUCCCACACAAGUGAACCUAAAUCACAUGCUCUGCGCGGCGAUCAAGGAUCCCUUCGAUGGUCCCAACUACCGCGCCGCGGCCGUCGUCCACGAGGCCAUCCUGUGUACCCUGCUCUGCAAGCUGGUAACAUUCCUGUUCAAUCCUCUUCCUCCGCCCAUCAUCACCAAUCCUCCGUUCAUCAAGAAUGGCGGCUCGGCCAAUGCGGAAUCGCCGCUCACCACUGGGACCCCAUCACCUUUGGCUGCUUCCUCUGCUCCUCCGGGUGUCACCACGCAUCACUACAUCCACUCCCGGCCCUCGUCCAGACCUUCGUCCCGAUCGUCUUCUCCAGCCAAAACCGUUUCCAUGCUGCAGGAAAACAACAUCAUCAUCAAGACCAGCAAGAUUGACUAGUGGUCAUCGAUUGCGGCGGCAGGAUUCCAACGGAGCUGGACAACGAUCUGCGGUGGCAGCUGAAUGGGUUCCCUGUGUAGAUAUUUCAUAUUACUGAAGCCUACAUGCAUUUGAUCUCCGAUGUUUUCCCUUCGGAGGGUUGCUUAAGGGCAGGUCAGGGACUACGAACCCCCUAAACCAUACGAUUCUAAAAGAAAUACCGGAAACCGUUUACCCGAAUGACAUUUACCCGAACGUCAUUUAUCUGCAUGCGACAUUUACUUAAACCAGGUUUUUUUUUGUGAUUGGUGGUGCAAUUAAAUUGAUCUCACUUCGAUCAUCAAUUUUAUCAGAUACACAGUAGCCUCAAUAUAAAACUAAAUCAAAGAUUCGUAAAUUGAAUUGAUUCUUAAAUUGAGUCGCAAAACGAGGGAGUUCUGAUCGUAAAACUAUGUUUUGCCUCUUGGGCUCUGCUUGUAUGUUAGUUCAUUUUUAUUAAUUCAAAAUUUUAUCCAUUUUUGUUUGAUGUCUGUUAUUGGGAGUUCUCCCACAUUUUUGACUUUCAAAUGUAUAUAAUUGCAAGUUCAAGAUCGUUGUACCAACACAUGUUCGAAAAUGACGACUUUCCAAACUUUCAACUCAUUUUUUUUUUAAUGUUAUAUAGCAUUCGGGAAAAUGUCGCAUCCGGGUAUGUGUCGGAUUUUGGUAAAUUAUUUUUGGGUAAGUGUCGUAUUGGGUUGCAUGGUUUUCGGAUAAAUGUCGUUUGGGUAAAUGGUUUUCGGGUAUUUGUUUUGGUAUCAAGCCAUACACAUCAGAGUAUAAAGAAUUCUUAGACUAACUUUCCUAAUAACAUCGAAUCCAAUAUCCACGUUUUCCCCCUCUUUCUCAUCUGUUUGUGGACGUGGAUGCGACAAUCGCAUCUAUCACUCCACCAGCUAACAAGACAAAACGCUUCGGAUGGCAGUAGGUACCAACACAUAAAUAUGCAUAAGGUUGGGAAGGUAUGCGGUCGCUAGCAGCAUACGAACUGUUGAAUGCCUUUUUAUUGUAAAUAGUAUUUAAUUGAAAAUUUAAACAAAACACAAAACCAAUUGAUCUGGUUAAAAAGUAGCAUAUAAAUAGCUUUUAAACAAUUCACAAAUUGUGGUAGAUGGAAAGGAAACAAAACCGAGGCGAGGAUUUGAUAUGUGCAGAACAUCAUUGCGUAGAAACAACAGUUGAAGGUUAGAAUUUCAUUUGGUGAAAUAUGGUUCACUCCAUGAAUUGGCCCCAUUAUUUAAAGAGGAGAAAACCAAACCACUUAAAAAGACAUUAAAAAUAAAAUUGAACAUGUUUUCCGAUUUCAUUUCAUACGCUGAGUAUAUCUUCAGUAAAUUUAUAAAUUUUAUGGAGUGUUUCAAAAGUUUUGUAACCCCCAUACGGUUUAACUCUGCAGAAGGGCCC